AUGAAGAUUCUCUUCUAUAUUUGUAUUCUCUUCUCUACUUCAAUCGCUUUAGAAAAGAAAGAAUUCGUGAUCGAUGGGAAAGUGUCGUUGGGGGGUCUAUGGGCCGAGUUCGAAAGGCUCUUUGAGCCCGGUGUGCCCGGGAUAGCUUGGUGCAGAUUAGGGACAAUUUCGAAGGGUCCCGGGUUCCCUUGUGACUGUGACUGGAAGAAUCGAGAAGGAAAUAUAAAGUUCGCAAAAUUUCUCCGAGAACUCGCCUCCGCUAUUCAUUCUUUCUACCAUUUUGAGCCAUUUGAGGCCGUG